AUGUGUCAGUGUGUCUGGGUCACGCUCUCUUUCAGCCCUCGACCUGAAGGCGCCUGUCAUGGCUGUGCCCUACAGGGUCCCGAGCUUUGUCGACCUGGUGACAAGAAACAAAACACCAGCGUGGUUGACAGUGGUGUUAGUUGUGACUCGUGA